CCGGGCCCCCUGCGGCCCCGCCCUCGGGCAGCCAGCCGCCCGUGUGGCCGGGGGACUGACCGGACGAUGGUGACUUUGUGACCCGGGGAAGUGAGGUCGCUUUUUAUAUCGUCUAUAACCGCCUGUUAUUUAUUGGUUGUUACCUGCUGCUGCUGCCUCUGCGUCCGAAGCUCCCAGGAAUGCGGGGGUACCCCCCCUCCGCCCCCUCGUUUACAUGUGCAGCCCUCGCCCACCUGCCAGCAGCGGCCGAGACGCCAAAAACGUUUUAUUUUCAGAGACUGUGCUUGCUGUUUGGAGAGGGGGGAGGCGGCUUCUUAACUGGCUCCGCCCUGGUCCCUCCCCGAAUGCCCCGCCUGGCACCCCUUUUCUCCGUCCCCGUCCACUCUCCGCUGGUCCCGUGUCCUCCCUGGGCCCUGAGCGUCUCUCCGAGGACAGACGGGGCAUCUUUCGGGCUCUCGGCUCUUGCUGCGGUGUCUGUGGCAGCCAGGAGCGGGCGGCUUCGGGGAGGAGGGGAAGACGGAGGGCGUGGCACGCAGGUGAGCAGAGUGGGGCUCGUCCUCCCCCAGGCGGGCGUCUCCUCCUGCUCUCCUGCCCGCCCGCCGCCCGGCCCGCGCCGGAUCCGAGGGGAGAGAAGGGUGCGGGUCGCCCCGUCCGGGUGUGGCUGCUCCUGGGGGCUGUGCCCGCCUGCUCUCGUAGGAAUUGUUUUAGCUCCGUCUGCCCCUCGGAAGGGCGGCCCCGGAACUGCCGCAGGGAAGUCAGACGACCUUGGACGGAGGCCCGGAGAGCAGGCUGGCUCCGGCUCUGAGACGGGGCCCCCCUGGCCCUAUCUUGCCCCAGCCGCCCCCCGAGGCCUGGUGAGUACUGUGGAAGGUCCUCCCUGCCGACACGGUGAUCCCAGGGGAGUUGGCGGUGCGUGCCGAUGCGCUGGCGUGUGUCUGUGCGCGCCGGCCCCAGCAGACGGGGCGGCCGUGGCUCUCUUGUCUGGGCACAGGUCUCCGGCAUGGCAGCCUGGUGUGGAGGGGCCGCUGAGGCUCUGGAGCUGUCUCUGGCCCAGAGCUGGUCCUCGCCCAGAGGAGGGGUGGGGUUGGGGACCUGAUGGAGUUCCCGCUGCUGCUCUGCAAAGCCAGCCGCCCGCCACCUCCGGCUCAGCCCAGCCCUGGAGCCACAGGAUUGUCCUCCGUCUCCACGCCGCCUCCACUGUCAGCCCCAGGCCCCGCAGGGACGGGAGCGGCAGUGCCAUUGUCACAGGUGACUGAAGGCCCGGCUCUCCGAGGCCCCUGUGGCCACCUGUCUGCUCCGGCCGCUGCCCCAGGGGGCCCAGGGUUGCCGGGCAGGGACAGUUCUGCCCCCUCAUCUCACCAGGCCUCUGGCGGUGGCACCUUGGAACGCCUCGCUCCCCCCCCCCCAGCCCCAGGCCUGGGACCCUGUGCGAUGUUGCUCCCUGGGGCCCCAGGGGCGGGGUCCAGCUCGUGCCCGCAGCCUCUGCGCCCCCUUCGUGUGGAUGGUACUUGGGAGAAGGCCAUGGGUUUCCCGUUUAACCAGACGACACCCCUCUCUUCCCCCGAGAUGCUUUUGUUUGACAGCCAGCUCCACAGACGACAGACACACCUGAGCUUUCUGGGACUGUGUCUCUUCUUUGUGUGUGGGGUGCUGGGUGGGAGGAGAGAUUGGGGGUGGGGGUGGGGAGCGAGUUUCCUGGGCAGAGGCAGCCUCUCCCUGGAGAAAGAAAGCCUCAUGCAUGACACCCCAGCUUCCAUGUCUAAGGGAUCCAAGAAGGGAAUGUGGGAGCGCCCCCUGGUGGCCGUGAGCUGCAAAGGCAUGUGGGGGGCCCCCCAACUGGCUAGAAGGGUGAUGCCGGAGGGUGGGUGGGAGGCGCGUCAGGGGCUGUGGCCUCCCCUCAGCCCUGGCCUCCAGCCCCCCGUUAUUGACGGUGUGUUUCCCAGAUGCCCCUCUGCCAGGCGUCCCCCGGGGAUGAGUGAGUUAGUGUCAGGGCACUGUGAUGAGAUCCCCCACCCCCUUUUUUUUAAAAUCUCUGCAGAAUAAACCCAAUGGUCGAUUUUUGAAUGAAUAAAAGGCUUUUGUUGAAUAAACAGCUGGUCCCAUCUCUGUCUUGGCAUCCGGGCCCAGGCUCUGUCUACUCCUGAGGAUGGGACAGAUGCAGGCUGCAGCCCGCCCGCCCCGCCCUCCACCACCCCGCCUGGGCUGUCCAAGGUCAUCCCCCCAGGUACUUGCUGGAGAGCGACCUGCCCCGGACGCUGAGCGAGUCGUUUCGGUCCAGUGGGACUCAGUUUCUCCGUCCCCCAGGUGGAGGUGGGAGCGGCCGGUGCCGGGCUCGGGCGGUCCCGGCACCCCCACGGGAGCCUGAGCUUAGGAAAGGGAUUUGGGCAACUCUUCCCCCCACACACAAAGGUAGUUCUCUCGCUGCGGUGUUUCUCUCUGUGCCCCCAGCCCUCGGCCUCCCGGGGUGCUGCCUGCCUGGCUCCGCUGCCCGCGUCUCGGGAGGGCAGGGAGGCCCCGGGAGGGCGGGCGCCACGGGGCUCGCCAGGCCGCCUCCUGCUUCUCUGUAUGUCGUCCGUGUCUCGCCAAUUAAACUCGCUUCCUGCUGUG